CAAUAGACGCCGGAUGGUGAGAUGGAAAGAGAAAUGGUGGCUAGGUCUAAAUAAGAAUAAGGGGACAGCGGAAACUAGUGUUCAUCGCGUUAGCGCACAGAGUAGCGUUCGCACUAAGCCGAAACCUCUCAAGGUAGUUUUUGACUGUCCGACCGCCGGCUCACGUCCAAUGCCAACUUCAGAAGUUAUGGAAUUCGUCCUCUGUACUGAUGUAAGGGUGUUUUCACGGGGCGGCAAUAGGCAGACAUCCUUAUGUGGAGUAGCCCGAGCCGGAGUCGGAGCAACGUUCAUUUAGGCGAAGAUUGGCGAGGGGUGCGACGGGU